AGAAGGUUGAGACAAGUUUGGUCCAAGACAUCCUGCAAAGAUGAGGGGCAUCAUCUUCCUUGUUGUGAACUUGGCAAUUAUAUCAUCAUUCUCAGUGAAAUCAGAUGAACCAAUAAUAGUGGACAUUGGUGAAGACAAGGACAUUACAGAAAUAAACAAGGAUUUGGGGCAUGAUGAUAUUCUUGAGCCACCAAACAUACAAAGGAGUGCUAUUAACACUGAGAGCCGUCUUUGGUCGGAUGGAGUUCCAUAUGUUUUGGACAAGAGCCUUGAGAUGAAUGCUAAAGGAAUCAUCCUGAGAGCCUUUGAGCAGUUCGGGCUGAAGUCAUGCAUUGCUUUCAGACCAAGGGAUUCUGAGACGUAUUACAUUUCUGUCCAAAAAUCUGGCGGAUGUUUUUCAUAUGUUGGGAAAGUAAUACCCAAUGGACAGCCACUCUCCAUCGGGAGAUUCUGUGAUGAGAUUUCCACCGUUGAACAUGAGUUCCUCCAUGCUCUUGGCUUCUACCAUGAACAGUCCAGAUAUGACAGAGAUAAUUUUCUGACCAUUGCAUUCGAGAACAUCAUAGAAGGUGUUAAAAAUAACUUUCGAAAAGUUAGCAGUGAGUUCAGCACCACCAACGGAGUCCCAUACGACUACUGGUCAGUGAUGCAUUAUGGCAAAAAUGCAUUCUCCAAUGGCAAUGGGUCAACAAUUAUCACCAAAGAUCCAAAAUUCCAGGAUGUUAUUGGUCAAAGAAAGGAAAUGAGUCCCAGUGAUGUUUUGGAGCUGAACCGCCUCUACAAAUGCAACUCGACCAUUGCAUUUAAGAUGCACUGCAGCUUUUCUAAUGGGGGCAUGUGCCAAAUGAAUCGCUGCUCACAGAAUGGCACUGGCUGGCAAAUGGUUAUGAGUGUUUCUGGAGGUCCAAACUCUGAUCACACCAAUCUACCCGGGGGCAGUGGUGAUCAUAGUGGUCAAGAUGCAGGUUACUUCAUGCAUGCGAGCACAGCAUCAGGUAAGGAAGGAGACUCGGCCUGGCUGGAAACCAAGAGGAUGAGUCCUACUAGGAAGUGUCAUAACCAGUGUCUCCAAUUCUACUAUUACCACACUGGCAACGAGGCAGAUCAACUUAACAUCUGGAUCAGAGAGUUUCAAGAUGAGCAGGAUGUCAAAGGAACUCUUCGCCUCAUGGGACAGAUCACUGGUUCACCAAAAUCUUACUGGCAACUCCAUCAUGUUUCCCUGAAUGCCACCAAGCACUUCCAGGUGGUGUUUGAGUCUCGUAAAGGAGCAGGCAGCUCUUCGGGUGGAUUCUCAAUCGAUGACAUUAAUUUGUCUGAGACUGAAUGUCCUCAUCUAACCAUGCAGAUUAACAAUUUUGGCAACCUUUUGAACACUAGUGAUUUUAGAACAACCAUAUACAGCUCACGGCAGUACUCCAGAGGGGGCUAUGCUUAUAGGAUUGGGAUUAUUCUGUACAGGUCAUUUUUUGGACUGUUUGUGCAACUGUUGUCUGGUAAAUAUGAAAACCAGCUGGAGUGGCCUUGCGUAAAUAGGCAGGUGACCUUCCAAAUGGUGGACCAGAACCCCAAUAUCCAGCAGCAAAUGUCCAAGCAAAGAAGUAUCACCACUGACUUAAGACAAUUAUCUGAUGGUAAGUUUAAAACAACAUGA